UGAGUAAAGGGGCCGUGGUGACUGGAGAGCGGCAGGCUGCGGUCCGCAUUCCACGGGAAGGGGUCUGUCCUGCCAAGCACAACCCAAACCAUCAGGGGUCAUCAUCUCGUCUAUUGUCUGGAAGAGGAAGAAAAACGCCUGCAACGCGCGCCGCUAUGUAAAAGUCUAAAGAAGAAGCGAUUUUUCCAAACUGAGAGAGUAUUUACGGAAUAAAACCAGGUCUACCAAGCACCAUGUCAGGGAUAUCCGAUGGGAAAAAGAAGUGGGCAGCAGUCAGGGAUCGCCUGGGCUCCUCUCAGGACUCCGACACGCAGCAGGAGGCCAACUUGGAGAGCGCCGACCCCGAGCUGUGCAUCAGACUGCUGCAGGUUCCCACCGUGGUAAACUACUCGGGCCUGAAGCGACGCCUGGAAGGCAGCGACCAGACAUGGAUGGUCCAGUUUCUGGAGCUGUGCGGGCUGGAUCUGCUCCUGGAGGCCCUGGACCGGCUCUCGGGCCGCGGGUGCUCCCGCAUCGCCGACGCCUUGCUGCAGCUCACGUGCGUCAGCUGCGUCCGAGCCGUAAUGAACUCAUCAGCAGGGAUCCACUUCAUCAUAGAGAAUGAGGGCUACAUUAGAAAGCUCUCGCAAGCCUUGGACACCUCGAACAUCAUGGUGAAGAAGCAGGUGUUUGAGCUCCUCGCCGCCCUAAGCAUCUUCUCUGCAGAAGGUCACCGCCUGGCUCUGGAUGCUCUGGAUCAUUACAAGGGCUUGAAGACACAGCAGUAUCGCUUCAGCGUCAUUAUGAACGAGCUGCAGGGCACAGAUAACAUCCCAUACAUGGUCACACUCCUCAGUGUCAUCAAUGCACUCAUCUUUAGCACAGAUGACCUGAGACAGAGAGAUAAAAUCAGAAAGGAGUUCAUUGGCCUCCAGUUACUUGACAUUCUGCCAAAAUUAAGAGAUCAAGAGGACGAAGACUUGAUUAUUCAAUGUGAAGCUUUUGAGGAGGCAAUGGCUGAAGAUGAGGAGGAGCUGCUGCGAGUGUACGGAGGCAUUGAUAUGAGUAAUCACCAAGAAGUGUUCACUGCACUCUUCAACAAGGUGAGCAGCUCUCCAGCCUCCCUCCAGCUGCUCUCCAUCCUGCAGUCCGCACUAUUGCUCGGGCCGAGCCGAACCGAUAUCUGGCUGGCUCUGGAGUCCAUCACCAACAGAGCUAUACUCCUCGCUCAGGAUUCCCAGAUGGAGUCCUGUGAGAAGAUCAUGCAGCGACUGAUGUUCUUCAAGGGGAGGAGCUGCGAAGGCCAUCAUGAAAUAGAUGGGCUUGUGCUGAAGGUGGACAAGGCUGUGCAGACCGGUCUGGAUCAGGAGGAUGGAGACAAACAGGACAUCAACACAGCAUCCACUCAGAAGCCUCUGUGUGCCUCUCCUCCCCCACCUCCACCUCCUCCACCACCACCACCACCACCACCACUACCUGGAGGGCUGGGUGGACCUCCUCCACCGCCACCCCCUCCACUGCCUGGAAUGCCUCCACCACCCCCACCACUACCAUGUGGUCCAGGGAUGCCUCCCCCUCCACCACCAUUACCAGGAAUGGGUGGUGCACCACCUCCACCUCCUUUACCUGGGAUGCCCCCUCCUCCUCCUCCUCCACCGGGGAUGAUUGUGCCUCAGAGUAGCCAGAUCCUGGGCUCCACUACCCCAUCAAAGCCAAGCAGAUGUCCCACUCUGAAGAUGAAAAAGCUCAACUGGCAGAAACUUCGCUCUGUCGCAGAUGGUCAGUCCAUGUGGGCGUCGGUUCAGAAAGAACCGCCUCCUCAUGAGCCAGACUACGGCAGCAUCGAGGAGCUCUUCUGUCUGCCAGUCACUGAGCCCAAAGACAAGGGAGCAGCUGCUCCUGUGAAGAAGGAGCCCAAAGAGAUAACAUUCAUUGAUCCAAAGAAAAACUUGAAUAUGAACAUAUUCCUGAAGCAGUUUAAAUGCACAAAUGAGGAGUUUGUAGCCAUGAUCCAGAACGGAGACCGAAGCAGGUUUGAUGUAGAGGCGCUAAAACAGCUUAUGAAGCUCCUACCAGAGAAGCAUGAGAUUGAGAAUUUGAAGUCCUUCCAAGGAGAAAAAGACAAGCUGGCGAAUGUUGAUCGCUUUUACACCUCUCUACUUAAUAUACCAUGUUAUCAGCUCAGAAUUGAAUGCAUGUUGCUGUGUGAGGAGACGGCAUCACUGCUGGAGAUACUCAGGCCUAAAGUGAAGCUUGUCGAGGAGGCCUGCCAGUCUCUCCAGAUGAGCACAUUGCUGCCCAGUUUCUGCAGACUCAUCCUUGAUGUUGGAAAUUUUCUCAACUAUGGAAGUCACACAGGAAAUGCUGAGGGGUUUAAGAUCAGCUCUCUGCUCAAGUUAACAGAGACGAAAGCCAACAAGAGCCGUAUCACGCUGCUUCAUCACAUCCUGGAGGAAGCAGAGGCGAACCACCAGGAGCUGUUGGCUCUGCCGGAUGACAUAGAGAUAUGUCAGAAAGCAGCAGGGGCCAAUGUGGAGUCCAUGCAGUCAGAAACUGGUGCUUUGCUCAAACAGCUCAAUGACUCUGCCAAGAAAGUGUCAAACUCUGUGGAUGAGGUGAAGGAGCAAUAUACAAAAAUACUUGAGGAAAACCUAAAGGCGUGCCAAAGUUUAAAUGAAAGAUUCACAGAGAUCGAGAAGAAGAGGAGUGACCUGGCUGUCUACUUGUGUGAAGAUGUGAGUCAGCUGUCGCUCGAGGAGCUCUUCGGAACCAUCAGAACUUUCAGAGAACUUUUUAUCAAGGCACUAAAGGAGAACAAAAUGAGGAAAGAACAAGCUGCCAAGGCUGAGAAGAGAAAGAAGCAGCUGGCAGAAGAAGAAUCCAAGAGACGGAAGGGAGAGAAUGGAAAAAUAAUAAAGAAAGGCAUUAUGCCACAAAACGAUGGCUGCAUCAUCGACCACCUCUUGGCAGACAUCAGGAAAGGUUUCAGCCUGAGAAAGACCCGGCCAAGGUGCGAUUCGGAAAGCCUCUCCUCUAGUGAAAUGCGUAGAGAUACAUGCCCACCUGGUUCAAGUGUGAAGUCUGCAGACGAAGGAGCCGCCCCUUCCACUCCCUCCAAACCUCACUCAGAGGAUCACCAGCGCCUCGAAGGCGAAGUGAACGGCUUCAUCAGCCCGUCAGAAGACACUGCACAAGCUCCACAGCUGAGUGCAGCCCAAGAUGGGACAGCAGUGCCUCCCAAUCCAACCCCUGGACAGCCAUCCACGACGACGCAUAUUCCUCUGGAAAGGCCGGCAUCGCUACAGGAUGGUAAAGGCCAAGAGAAACCCACUGCCUCUGUACUGGACACAACACCACCACCUGAGGCUGAAGUUCAACCAGGUCUGCAUACAAACAGCUUUUCUUUAGAUUCAACGGAGACUAGCGUCCUCAGUCCAUCAUCCCUGUCCGAUUCAGACCUGCUUGAAGCCGUGCUGGACAGCGCAUCGAGCCUGGUGCAUGACGUCUCAGACGAGUCGGGUAUUAGCAAAAGCCUCGAUAACCAAGAAGGUUCAUCUGUUACAGACACUAAUAGGAAAUGUGGUGAACUUCCCGAAGGAGAUCACAAAACAAGCCAUUUACCAAAAGCAAGGGGAGAAGAUGAAGGUGAAGACAAGGAAUAUGUAACUGUGAGGACAUGCGGGGAGGAUGAAGUUUGGAGUAAGAAACUCUCAGAACCUGAAGCAAGUGUAGUUGCACUCGAUGAGGGCAUCAGCGGGUGCGACGUCCCAGAUGGGCAGGAACCGGAAGAUGUGCCGUCGGUCUCUGAGGAAGUGUCCACCUCUGUUGCACCUGAACCAAAGAAACAGCUGAAGCUCUUUAAGCGAAGCAAAAAAAGGAGUAGUCAAGGUAAACCAUUCAUUCAUUACAAUAAAGGUCACACUUUGAAAGCUAGCUUCUCAAGAUUUCUUAAAAGGGAAGCUAUCUUUUCUGUUGCGUUUGUCAGUUUAUUUUUUAUGUUAUAUCUCUUGGUGAAUUUAUAUGAGCAGUUUUACAUGAACUCAUUCAUUUUUACGGUACAAAUGCAAAUGUUAAAUACUGAAUGGAUUUAACUCUCUGGUCAGUUUGUUUUGAAUCUUCUGUUUUCCGUUUGACUCUCUGAAACACAAGGUAACAGUGGGAAAAGUGGGAAACGACACACUAAACAUAAAUCAGGCUGUGUGUUGCAGUGAGGUAGGUCAAAUCGACCCGGUGCCAGACUGUAAUCAGGAUUAUCCUAACGAACUCAAUCAUCGUCAGAGCUCUGUGCCAAUAACACGUCAUCUGUCGGUCUAACUGGAAUCAGGAUAUUUUUCAUCUGUCUGUGUCGUCUGACCCUUCUUAAUGCUUGCUCUCCCUUAACACUCUUCAGACUCAGUGUUUGGUCAUGCUGAAAACUUUCCUUGAGCUGAUUCUAAUGCCAAUCAAAGCUGGUGGAAGCAAAAACCUGCCGCCGCACUACCAUGCGCAGCAAUUAAUCCAGUACUGAUCUCGGUCGGACUUGCAGUGUGAAAGUCGCUGUGGUGUCAUUGUUGACUUUCCCCAUGAAAUCUCACUUUUGUGUCCUCUGUCCAUAUUUAACUGUCCAUUCUCUGGAACUACAAGUGGGACUGUCUACCAACAGUCUCCAUAAGCUUUCUGUAAACUUGGCUCUGUGCUUUUAACUCAAUGAAAACAAAUGUUAAUGCAUUCAAAUGUUUCAUCACUUAAAUGUGUAUUUUUUAUUUAUUUAGAUGCAUCUUAAUCUGUACAUUUAUAUAUUUUUAAAUAUAUUAAAGUGUUUCUGGAAAAAUGUAUCUCUCCUGUAUUCAUUUCAAUAUUUGUUU